AUGAAAAAAAACAACAACAAAAAACUCUUUCACUAUUUCUAUUUUCUUCCCUCUCUCUCCCCCUCUCUCUUUCUCUCUUCUUUCACUCUUUCUACUUUCUUUUCUCUGUCUCCUCCCUUUCUCAUUCUCUCUUCUUUCACUCUUUCUAUUUUUCUUCCCUCUCUCUACUCCCUCUCGCUUUCUCUCUUCUUUUACUCUUUCUAUUUGUCUUCCCUCUCUCUCCUCCCUCUCGCUUUCUCUCUUCUUUCACUCUUUCUAUUUUCUUCCCUCUCUCUCUCUCCCUCUCUCUUUCCCUCUUCUUUCACUCUUUCUAUUUUUCUUCUCUCAAUUUCCUCCCUUUCGCUUUCACUCUUUUUUCAAAAAAAAUUUUCUUCCCUCUAUCUUCUCCUUUUCUCAUUCUCACUUCUUUCACCAUUUCUAUUUUUCUUCCCUCUCUCCCCUCCCUUUCGCUUUCUCUCUUCUUUCACUCUUUCUAUUUUCCUCUCUCUAUCUCCUCCCUUUCUUAUUCUCUCUUCUUUCACUAUUUCUAUUUUUCUUCCCCCUCUCUCUUUCUCUCUUCUUUCACUCUUUCUAUUUUUAUUCCCUUUCUCUCGUCCCUCUCUCUUUCUCAUUUCUUUCACCCUUUCUAUUUUUCUUCACUUCUCUCCCCCUCUCUCUCCUCCCUCUCGCUUUCUCGCUUUUUUCACUCUUUCUAUUUUUCUUCCCUCUCUCCCCCUCCCUCUUUCUAUCUUCUUUGACUCUUUCUAUUUUCUUCCCCCUCUCUCCCCUCUCUCUCUUUCUCUCUUCUUUCACUCUUACUAUUUUUCUUUCCUCUCUCUCCUCCCUCUUUCUUUCUCUCUCUCCUCCCUCUCUCUUUCUCUUUCUCUCUCUCUCUCUGCAUAUUUUCGUUUCACUAACGUAUUCUCUACAUUUUCUUUUUUUCUUCCCUCGCCCUAUAACCAAUACCUCACUUUCUUAUCCCUUUCCUUCUCCUCGGUUUUUCUUCUUUCAUUCUUCUCUUUCCCUCUCCUCGAUGUCUACAUUUCCUCUCUUCAUUCUCUCUUCUCUUACACUUUCUUUCUUUCUUUCCUAUUUCUUUAUCCCUCGUCUUCCUCUCCUCCCAUAGACUGUCGAACAAUCACGUGGUCAAGAUAA